AUGGUCAAAUCUCUGUUUGUGCCGCUGGCACUGUCAUUAUUCGCGGCUUUCAACCUCCCAUAUGCUGCUGCAGCCCCCGCCGCUGCUAGCUAUGCACAGAAAGAAGGAUUUGAGUCAAUCCCAGCAGGUUGGGAGCAAGUAUCUGCUGCCUCACCCUCGCAGGUGCUGAACCUUCAUCUCUAUAUGACCCCGGCCGAUGCCAGUGCACUUGAGGAGCUCAUCCUCAACAUUGCAACCCCGGGCCAUCUCCUCUACGGCCAAUUCUUGUCACCUGAGAAGCUCAAGGAGCAUGCAGCUCCUUCGUCAGCUGCAUCCGACGCCGUCAUCUCUUGGCUAACGGAACACAACUUGGCUUCAGACGCGAUCCAGAACGAUGGCAGCUCACUGACCGUCCAGCUGCCCGUUGCGCAGGCUGAGAAGAUGCUGCAGACCCAGUUCCACAACUACAAGAGCACGGCGACGGGCGAAGUGCGUACGCUGACCUUGGCCUACUCGCUUCCCCAGUCGAUUGUCGACUUUGUCGAAACCAUCCAGCCAACAACCGACUUCACCGAGCUUCCUGUUGACACCAGGAUCCAAACCAUGACCCACGAGCUCAACGCCUCAGCCGUCAACUCGGUCGGAGAUGCAAGUGGCUGUGGAGAAUAUAUCACCCCGGCAUGUCUCCAGUCGCUAUAUGGACUACCAACUGCCAACGCAAACACUCCGCAAGGUGGAAUCGCGGUGCCUGGAUUCUUAAACGAAUAUGCCAGCCAUUCCGACCUCGACCAGUUCCUGCAGGAGCUCCGCCCCAACUUCAGCCCGCGCCCUUCAUUCAACGUCGAAUACCUCGCCGGCGGCAAAAACGACGAGAGUAACCCGGGCGUCGAAGCUAGUCUCGACGUUCAGUAUACCGCGGGUCUGGCCAACGGCAUUCAAACGAAUUUUAUUUCUGUUGGAGAUGCCAGCGCCACUGGAUUCAACCUCGUUCUCCACAAGCUCCUUAGACAGCAAACCCCACCGUCGGUUAUGUCGUUGUCGUAUGGAUUCGACGAGGGCGCGCUAUCCGCCAACCUCGCCAACAACAUGUGCAAUCUGUUCGGCCAGCUUGGUGCCCGCGGUGUCUCUAUUCUUGUUGCUAGCGGAGACGGCGGAGUCGCUGGAAGCCGACCUAGAACUUGCUCAUCUUUCGUACCCACGUUCCCAGCUUCGUGCCCUUACGUGACUAGCGUUGGCGCUACGUCGGGCACGAAGCCUGAGGUCGGCGCUGACCUGUCUGCUGGUGGAUUCUCCAAUGUGUUCCAGCGGCCGGCAUACCAAGGUCUCGCGGUGACCGAAUAUAUCAACCGCCUGGGCUCUCAGUACAAUGCCAAAUUCAAUACCAGUGGCCGUGCUUACCCAGAUGUUUCUGCCCAGGGAAAGAGCGUUUACAUUGUGGUAAAGGGUAAGGGUUUGUUGGUUGACGGAACUAGUGCUUCUGCUCCCAUCUUCGCCUCGACUAUCGCCCUGCUCAACGCCCAGCGUAGCCCGCUGCCACCUCUGGGCUUUUUGAACCCGCUGCUCUAUCUGCAAUCCUACGCGUUGAACGAUGUGGCCAGUGGUAGCAACCCCGGAUGCAACACCAAUGGCUUCCCUGCUGGUGCCGGUUGGGACCCUGUUACUGGACUGGGAACACCGAACUAUGGCCUGUUGCGGACUCUGCUUUGA